UAUAUCCCCAGGCAGAAGUAAGUUUUUCAAAAAAUAACUUUGCAAGAAGAAAUUUUUUUCCUGCGAAUCAAACGAGUCCGUGGUUGGAGAGAGAAUCAGGUUUGGAAUUUGAUUAUAUUGGUGGGGUUGGGAGGGAGCUGUGGAAUGGUGUGGCGAUGGAGUUCUGGCCGGAGUUCUUGGCGAGCAGCUGGGGCAGGGAGUUCGUGGCGGGAGGGCUUGGGGGCAUGGCCGGGGUCAUCUCCGGACACCCCCUCGACACCCUCCGGAUCCGCCUGCAGCAGCCCGCCUCUUCCAUCGACCGCCGCCCCGUCUCCGCCGUCGGGCUCCUCCGCAGCAUCGUCGCGUCCGAGGGCCCGACGGCGCUUUACCGCGGCAUGGCCGCCCCCCUCGCCUCCGUCACUUUCCAGAAUGCUAUGGUCUUCCAGGUGUUUGCAGUCUUGUCAAGAGCUUUCGAUGCAAACAACAUGAACGAACCUCCAUCAUACAGAAGUGUUGCACUAGCUGGAGUUGGAACAGGUGCUAUUCAGACAUUGCUGUUAAGCCCAGUUGAGCUUGUAAAGAUACAACUUCAACUAAGGAUGAUCGGGAAUAAACAUCAUGGAGGUCCUCACCUAGGGCCAGUUGGCAUGGCCAAGGAAAUUUUAAGAAAGGAAGGAAUUAGAGGUUUAUACCGAGGCCUGUCCAUCACUGUUCUUCGUGAUGCGCCUUCACAUGGGGUCUACUUCUGGACCUAUGAGUAUGCAAGAGAGAAGCUUCACCCUGGCUGCCGGAAAAGUGGUCAGGAAACCCUGGGAACGAUGCUUGUUGCUGGGGGGUCGGCGGGAGUGGCCAGUUGGGUCUGUUGCUACCCAUUGGAUGUCAUAAAAUCCAGACUUCAGGCACAGUCAGAGCCUCGGGGAGGCCAACCACCACCAAAAUACUGUGGCAUUGCCGAUUGCCUCCGGAAAAGCGUACAGCAAGAAGGCUUUUCUGUGCUAUGGCGUGGCUUGGGAACUGCCAUCACCCGGGCCUUUGUUGUCAAUGGUGCCAUCUUCUCUGCAUAUGAGUUGGCUCUAAGAUACUUGGUUAAUAACAACCAAACAACCGUGAUGGAGGAGAACUGAUUUUGCUUAUUGCAGGUCAAAAGAGGCCUCCAUUAUAUUCAUUUUAGCAUUGCUGCAUGACUGCACCUUCAUAUGUGUCUCCAAAUUAAUAUAUCAUUCUAUGUUUGUUAUUGUGAAUAAGUGGCUCACAUCAUUUAUUAGUUUGAUUUUAUUCUCAGAUCUUACUGCAACGUAUAUGAACCCUCGUGUGGUGCAAAUUAUUUGGAGAAUUGCUAUACCUCUCAAUUCUCAUUUUACAUCCAUGAGAUGUAACAAACCAGGUCUUUUGCAAAAAUCUCCUUUGUACUGCGUGAGCUUUAACAAAA